AUGUCACUAAGAAGUGGAUCAAGAGCAAACUUGAAAUCAGCUGGUUCUUAAAGACCUUUUGUUAGAGCUGAAUCAGUAAAAUCAAUGGCACAAAACGGCAUGAGAAUGGUUGGUACAGCAAUGCCAGGUUAAAGAAGAGAUAUGAGAGGAGACUAAACAAAUAAAAAUACUGCAGUGGUAACAUUUGAUGACCUACAAAGAAUCAAAGAAUAAUGUGCUUUGAUUCCCCAGGAGUCUGAGAUGCUGCUUAGAUAAAAAGAAAGAGAAGAAUUAAAAUAGAAAUCUUAGGCUAGAGUGAAGAACUGGCCAAACACAAUAUCAGCUAUGAGAUAAAAAAGAGAAGAUGAAAAAAUCAAAAGAUUAUACGAUGAAGAGAUGGAAAGGAGAAAAGUAGAUGAGAUAGAGACAUAACUUUAAUAAGAAAAAAGAAUUCAAGCAAUUGAAAGUGCUAAUAAAAAGUUGCAUGAUAACUAGGAUCAAGUCAAAGCUUUCCAUUCUAAAAUGCUAUUAUGUGAUGUAAUUUAAGAAAGAGAAGCCUAAAAAGAGCUCAAAGUUAGAAAAGAAAAUAUAGAUAAAAACAUUGAACAUUAAUGGACUGAACUAGAGAAGCUUUAAAUGGAUGAGUAUGAUAUAAAACUAGCAGAAAAACUUGAGAAUCAUCAUAAUAAGAGAAUGGAUACUGCUAAAGUAAUUAAACAAUAACUUUAUGAGUUCAAAGUUGAUCAUAUCAAGAAACUUAAGAAUGAUAGAUUAGAGGGAAAACUUAUAAGAAAACAAGUCGAAGACAACAUCGAAUUAGAGAGAUAGAAAGAAUUUUAAAGAAAGCUUCAACAAGCAAAGAAUAGAGAGGAGUUAAAUAGAGCAAAUGAGGAACUUAGGGCUUACUAACUAGAAAUAAAAAGAAAAGAAGAAAUUGAAGCAGCUAGAAUUAAAGAAUACUCUCGAAAGAAGGACUAGUUAGAAUAAUUGAGAAAAGAGAAGGAAGCCUAGAAGUUCCAAGAAAAGUAGGAUAUUAAAUAAAGAUUGGUUGAAAGGUAAGCUGAGCAUCUUGCUUCAAUCAAAAGUAGAGAUGAAGAAAUUCUCAAUAAACAUGUUGCUGAAGCUGAAGAGAAAGCAGCAAGGCUAUUUGAAGAGAAAGAGAGAAAACGAAUUGAGCUUCAAAAUCAAAUUGAGAGAUCUAGGAAAAAUCAAAUUGAUAAGAGAUUUAAUGAAAAAGAAUAGUCAAAGCAACAAGAAAAGGAAUUCGCAGAAUUCUGGAAGAUUAGAAAUGAAGAACUCGCUAUUGGAGAAUAAUAAGAGAAAGAAGAAAUUAGAUAGAGAAAUGCUGAAUUAUAAGGUUAUCAUCAGAGACAAAUAGACUUGAGAACCAAAAAAGCAGAAGAAGAUUAUAAGAAGCAACUUGAAGAGACUACUAAAGCAAAAGCUUUGCUAGAUUAAAACGAUAAAGAAUUUUACUCAUACGCUGAAAAAUGUAUCAAAGAAUGGCAAGAUGCUGGUAAAAAUGUUACUCCCCUUAUACUUGAGCUUAAAAAUUAUAAAAAGCAAAUAAUAUGA